UGGAGAAGCGUAGGGGCAAGGAUGCGAGAAAACUUAGCCGAGCUUGACAGAGACGCCAGUGGAGGUGCAGCGGAGUGUCCGGCGAGUGGUGGCGCGAAGGUCCGCUCGGCCUGGGACGCCCCACCCGAGAGAAGAGGAGAAGGCGCAGGACUUGCGGCGCGGCGGCGGAGCCAUGCGAACCAACUCCGCCACCCCUGAGGCUGUUUGCAAACACUCACUCUCGGGAGCGUCGCGGGCCGGGCCAUUCGCGAACCAGACGCAACGACGAAGCGACCACCUCGAGAGUGGGGCGGGAAAGCUCCGCACCCUCUAUCCCCGCCACCAGUCUCCGCCCAGUAACUGCCCCCGGAGAAGCAGCCACGGAGCCCCUCCCGGCCAGUCGCGCUCUCCCGGCAGCGCAGUGCCCUCCGGCCCAGGCAGUUCCCAGAGCGCCGGCAAGGCCUCCCGGGUUAGAGCCGGACUCCCACAGGCGCGAACCCCGAGGGCGCGAGGUCCCCUAGAUCCUUAGGCGGCGAGGCGUUCCGGGACGCACGCGGCCUCCCCGGAGAAGGCUGGAGGUCAAGCAGCCCAAGUCUCUGCCACUCCAGAGAAGUUAACUAAAGCUCUGGAGUCCAAGAGUCGCGCGGACACUUAAUUCUGACUCUUCUUCCUAAACCCGGGAAGACAAACCCUAAGCAACAAAUCCGAGAUAGUUUUUUUUUAAGCAAAUAUUCCUUAGAAAGGGACUUAUGGCAACGAGAGAGGAAGGGUGACAAACUGCCUGUGGUCCGCACCAGGUAUGUAAGAAAGAACCAAGAGGCCCAAUUGUCUGAUACUAAGUAGAUGGAAAGAAAUUAACUUCCCUAUGCAAUUCAAUUCAGGUUCACCCGGCCGGACUUUAAGAGGGUAAGUCAAGCCCUCCCAAGGGGUUUCGAAAAAGCCGAACUACCAGGUUUUUAAAACGAAGUCUUCACCCAAAUGGACGCAUAGAUUUUUAUUUUUAUCGCAUAACCCAGGGCUGGAAUAUAACCUCCCAAAUCAAACUAAAAACAAUCACAUCUACCAGAAAUACGUUAAAAAGAUUCAGAAUCCAGACAUCUUAGGUUCAUACAUAAACCCUCAGUAUUAAGCAAAUCAGAAACAAUGUUCUAACUUUUUUUUUCACCCAAAAGUAUCGAAAGGCUACAGUGGGUACAACUCGUUUAGGAUAAUACAUAUACUAAAAGCACAUGCACGCCUUUCAUUGAAAUGCCUAGGGAGGAGUGAAGCCAUCUGUGUAAUCAAUAACAGGAUAGUUAUAGAUUUUUGUGGCAGUGAAGUCUUUUAAAAGCAAGAGUCAAUUAUGAAAAUAAAAUCAUUUUACAAAUGAAACUCUGUACCUGUACCCCCUAAGAAUACAUUCACAGUUAGAUUUACAACAGUAACAUUUUAAGAAAACUUUAGGUUUACAUUUACUUGCCUUGUUUUUCAUUAAGUUUGAAACAAUUUUAGUAGCUUAUUUUAAAAGUAUAUCCUACUAAGUUCUACGACAUAUAAAUUUGCACCAUUUCUCACAACUUAGAUAUUUUAUGUCUCGUAACUAGUUAAUUCUUGUAACGAUAAAAUAAUGGUAUUAAAUACAUGUGAAUCUUAAUUAUGAAAUAAUUAUCAAA